UCUAAAACAACAACAAGAAGUCAAGAAGGAUGUGUAAUGGAGGAUGAGCAGGAAGAGGGCGGAGCCAGGACGAGCCUCCUAAGUGGGUAUAUAAGGACGAGCAACUCGACACGCCUGCACAGUCAACAACACGCAGUGCUCGACACCCAAACCUCUUUCAACAUGAAAUUUUUGUCAUUGAUGUUGGUGAUGGUGGUGGCCCUGGCCGCCCUGAUGGGGUCAGCCCGAGCCAUGCCUGACCCCUACGCAUUGGCUGACCCUGAUCCCGCUGCUGACCCCCAGUUUGGAUUUGGUCGUGGUGGAUUUGGUCGUGGUGGAUUUGGUCGUGGCGGGUUUGGUCGUGGCGGGUUUGGUCGUGGCGGGUUUGGUCGUGGAUUUGGUCGUAGAUUUGGAGGUGGAUUUGGUCGUGGCGGGUUCUUUGGCUAGUCUUCCGCUGAAUUCUCUACGACCCUCGACCUCCUCUCACGCCAUGGAUCCUGACAGGAAAACUUAUGAACCCAAGAGUGUAGCGUCAAAAUUCAACAGACGUAGACCGCGUCUAUUGCCAAGAAAGAUUACAUUUUUCAAUUCUUCAGCCUGGAGGGAUCGCACUGGAGGAAUCCUGGACCAAGUGUGCUCGUGGAAUCCAACGCCAUCAUCCUCAGCCUCCACCAACGAAGAGGAAGGUUGAUCCUGAAGUCAAACUUAUGUUGUUGGGAAUGUCCUUGUGAGUGUUUCAAAAAUGAACAAUCGUUAAAAGAAUGUUUAAAACAAUAAAUGUAUUUUCUUAUAAUA